AUGACCAGAUCCAACAGGGACUACUCUACCCCCGAGUCAUUGAUUCCGGCUGAUGCAUCCACCUGGCCCUUAGCAAGCUCCGACAACAAUCAUGAUUUUACUGCUGCCGAGCUACAAAUAUCCUGGAUCCACGAAGAAACACAAAUUAUUUUUAACCCAAAACGUGUGACCCUAACUACCAAGGUUCAAGUGUGUCCCUGCUUCCGUUCAGUGCGGACCAGUGAGGGAUAUUACUUUGAACUCUCCUUGUUACACGCAAUUGUGGGUAAUUUCACCUCUGAACAAAAACAGCUUCUCAAGACUUAUAUGACCCUGGACGCCGAUGGGCCGUUGCGCUCCAUGAUGAAGAUGUUAAGGACCCAGCCGGAGACGGACCACUCCGGAGUGGCAUGGUUCAAACUACCCCUUUGGGACCCAGCCAGAGAAACAUGCCACUCCGGAGGGGUCCGGACCCACCCAGAGUGUAAUCCACAUGCCCUUGAGUUAUUCACCCUAGUUUUCCCAAAGUACUCUUCUUCCUAA